AUGUCUGGACGACAGGACUACACCUUUUCUGGCAUCUCGGAACGCUCGAGUCUAGAACCGCUCCUCGCAGAGUACCCCGAACUAGUGCCUUCGAAGCUGAAGGACCUCGACCAAUUCCGGUACGAGACGAUUCAAAACAUCCUGAAUGAUAGAAGAACGAAAGGAAGCGCAUACCUGUUGAAAGAGGACGUGGUCAAGUUGGUGGAAUGGAAGCUUUCCCACGGCACGUUCAGACCUUCACUAAAGAAACUCGUCGAGUCGAACAGCGAGGAAGACGUACGAGCCGCGACCGCGAACGCUUUCAAGACAGACGUCAAGGACAAAGAAGGUGUAAAGGCCGCGUUAGAUGUAUUGACGAAGCUCAAAGGGAUUGGGCCGGCGACAGCCAGUCUACUGCUUUCCGUGUGUCAUGCUUCGCGGGUGCCUUUCUUCUCGGAUGAGCUGUAUCGCUUUUGCUUCUGGGAAGAAGGAAAGGGGACAGGAUGGGAUCGACCGAUAAAGUACAAGCUCAAGGAGUACCUCGCGUUGUUCGAGAAAGUGAACGAGAAGAGGACAUUAAAUGCCGUGGAUUUGGAGAAAGCGGCCUAUGUGUUGGGAAAAACAGCGGCCAAGCCGAGCAGUGGUGAAAGUAGCCUAGGGAAGAGGAAAGCGAGUGACAAUAGCAAUGGCCAGAAGGGAGAUGAGAAGAAGGUGAAGGGCGAUGACGCAGCCGGAAAGAAGACUGGACCGAAGACAAACCAGUCGAAGGCUGGUUAUGCGACUCGGAGCUCAGCCAAACCAAGAAGCAACCUCAAAUAA